AUGAGGCCACGGACCAAAGCCCGCUGCCCGGGGCGCGCCCCGUGGGACUCCUGGAGGGGCUUCCUGCCGCUCACCCUGGCUCUCUUCGUGGGCAUGGGUCAUGCCCAAAGGGACCACUUGGGGAGAUACGAGCCGGCUGGCGGAAACGCGAAUCGGCUGCGGCGCCCUGGGGGCAGCUACCCCGCAGCGGCUGCAGCCAAGGUGUACAGUCUGUUCCGAGAGCAGGACGCACCCGUCCUGGGCUUGCCGCCCGCGGAGCGGGCCCAGCUGGGCUGGGGGAGCCCCAGGAGGCCCGCUGAGGCGGAGGCCAGGAGACCGCCCCGCGCGCAGCAGUCGCGGCGAGUCCAGCCACCUGCGCAGACCAGGAGAAGCACUCCCCUGGGCCAGCAGCAGCCCGCACCCCGGGCCCGGGCCGCGCCAGCUCUUCCGCGCCUUGGGACCCCACAGCGGUCCGGGGCUGCGUCCCCAACCCCGCCGCGAGGGCGGCUCACGGGGAGGAACGUCUGCGGGGGACAGUGCUGCCCGGGAUGGACGACAGCAAACAGCACCAACCACUGUAUCAAACCUGUGUGCCAGCCACCAUGCCAGAACCGUGGCUCCUGCAGCCGGCCCCAGCUCUGCGUCUGCCGCUCCGGCUUCCGAGGAGCCCGCUGCGAAGAGGUCAUUCCUGAUGAGGAGUUCGACCCCCAGAACUCCAGGACAGCACCCCGACGCUGGGCUGAGCGUUUGCCCAACCUGCGCAGGAGCAGCCCGGCUGGAGAAAGCACCGUGGCCAGGACACAGCCACUGGCCCCACAGCCGCCAGUGGCCGGGGAGACACCCCCAUGCUUGACUUUGAGUGGGCUGAGCCAGAUCCGCCCCUCCCAGCAGCAUGUGGGACUGUCCCGGACCGUCCGACUUUAUCCCACUGUGGCAGCCGGUGGCCAGCUGACUUCCAACGCCCUGCCCUCGGGACCAGGCCUUGAGCAGAGAGAUGGCACCCAGCAGGGUCUGGACUACCUUUCAUCCCCCUGGGGGCUGAACCUCACAGAGAAAAUCAAGAAGAUCAAGAUCGUCUUCACUCCCACCAUCUGCAAGCAGACCUGUGCCCGAGGGCACUGUGCCAACAGCUGUGAGCGGGGUGAUACCACCACCCUGUACAGCCAGGGAGGCCAUGGGCACGACCCCAAGUCUGGCUUCCGCAUAUAUUUCUGCCAGAUCCCCUGCUUGAAUGGAGGCCGCUGCAUCGGCAGGGACGAGUGCUGGUGCCCUACCAACUCCACCGGGAAGUUCUGCCACCUGCCUGUCCCGCAGCUGGACAAGGAGCCUCCAGGGAGGGGCUCCCGCCACGGGGCCCUGCUGGAAGGCCCUUUGAAGCAGUCCACCUUCACAUUGCCUCUCUCCAACCAGCUCGCCUCUGUGAACCCCUCCUUGGUGAAGGUGCACAUUCACCACCCGCCCGAGGCCUCCGUGCAGAUCCACCAGGUGGCACGGGUGCGGGCUGAGGCGGAGGCCCUGGAGGAGAACAGCGUGGAGACCAGACCCCCACCCCGGCUCCCCGCCAGCCCUGGCCACAGCCUCUCGGACAGCAACAGCAUCCCUGCUUGGCCUGGAGAGUCCCCUCGGCCAUUGCCCCCCACGGCACCCAGGCUUCGGGGGCUGCUGGGCCGGUGUUACCUGGGUGCUGUGAAUGGACAGUGUGCCAACCCUCUGCUGGAGCUGACUGCCCAAGAGGACUGCUGCGGCAGUGUGGGAGCCUUCUGGGGGGUGACCUCGUGUGUCCCAUGCCCGCCCAGACCAGCCUCCGCGGUGAUUGAAAAUGGCCAGCUGGAGUGUCCUCAGGGCUACAAGAGACUGAACCUCACUCACUGCCAAGAUAUCAAUGAGUGCUCGACCCUGGGCCUGUGCAAGGACGCGGAGUGUGUGAACACCAGGGGCAGCUACCUGUGCACAUGUGGACCUGGCCUCAUGCUGGAUCCAUCUCGGAGCCGCUGUGUGUCGGACAAGGCCAUCUCCAUGCUGCAGGGACUGUGCUACCGGUCGCUGGGGCCUGGCACCUGUGCCCUGCCUUUGGCCCAGCGGAUCACCAAGCAGAUCUGCUGCUGCAGCCGUGUGGGCAAAGCAUGGGGCAGCAAGUGUGAGAAAUGCCCCCUGCCUGGCACAGAGGCCUUCAGGGAAAUCUGCCCUGCCGGCCAUGGCUACACCUACUCGAGCUCAGACAUCCGCCUGUCCAUGAGGAAAGCCGAGGAAGAGGAACUGGCCAGGCCCUUGAAGGAGCAAGGGCAGAAGAGCACUGGGACACUGCCUGGGCCGGCAGAGAGGCAGCCACUCCGGGCGGCCACAGACACCUGGCUUGAGGCCAAGACCACCCCUGACAAGGGUGACUCUCAGGCUGGCCAGGUCACCCCCAGUGUCACCCAUGUACCUGCCGGGGUCCCAGGAAGACCAACGCCACCACUGCCUGAACAGGGGACUCCAGAGACCCAGGAAGAAGAGCAAGUGACCCCCUCCACCAACGUACUGGUGACCCCGAGCCCCCCAGGCAUUGAUAGAUGUGCUGCUGGAGCCGCCAACAUCUGUGGCCCUGGAACCUGCGUGAACCUCCCAGAUGGAUACAGAUGUGUCUGCGGCCCUGGCUACCGGCUGCACCCCAGCCAGGCCUACUGCACAGAUGACAACGAGUGUCUGAGGGACCCCUGCAAGGGAAAAGGGCGCUGUGUCAACCGUGUGGGCUCCUACUCCUGCUUCUGCUACCCUGGCUACACGCUGGCCACCUCGGGGGCCACGCAGGAGUGCCAAGACGUAGACGAGUGUGAGCAGCCAGGGGUGUGCAGUGGGGGGCAGUGCACCAACACUGAGGGCUCGUACCACUGCGAAUGCGAUCAGGGCUACAUCAUGGUCAGAAAAGGACAAUGCCAAGAUAUUGAUGAAUGCCGUCACCCUGGCACCUGCCCGGAUGGGAGAUGCGUCAACUCCCCCGGCUCCUACACUUGCCUGGCCUGUGAGGAGGGCUACAGGGGCCAGAGCGGGAGCUGCGUAGACGUGAAUGAGUGUCUGACCCCCGGGGUCUGUGCCCAUGGGAGGUGCAUCAACCUGGAAGGUUCCUUCAGAUGCUCUUGUGAGCAGGGCUAUGAGGUCACCUUAGACGAGAAGGGCUGCCAAGAUGUGGAUGAGUGUGCCAGCCGGGCCUCGUGCCCCACAGGCCUCUGCCUCAACACCGAGGGCUCCUUCACCUGCUCUGCCUGUGAGAGCGGGUACUGGGUGAACGAAGAUGGCACUGCCUGUGAAGACCUAGAUGAGUGCGCCUUUCCGGGAGUCUGCCCUUCAGGGGUCUGCAGCAACACUGUUGGCUCCUUCUCCUGCAAGGACUGCGAUGGCGGCUACCGGCCCAGCCCCCUGGGCCACACCUGUGAAGAUGUGGAUGAGUGUGAAGACCCCCAGAGCAGCUGCCUGGGAGGCGAGUGCAAGAACGUGCCAGGCUCCUACCUGUGCCUCUGUCCCCAGGGCUUCCAGCUGGCCAAUGGCACCACGUGUGAGGACGUGGACGAGUGCGUGGGGGAGGAGCACUGCGCGCCCCACGGCGAGUGCCUCAACAGCCACGGGUCCUUCUUCUGCCUGUGUGCGCCUGGCUUUGCCAGUGCAGAGGGGGGCACCAGCUGCCUGGAUGUGGACGAGUGUGUAGCCACAGACCAGUGUCUGGGAGGGCAUUGUGUCAACACCGAGGGCUCCUUCGACUGUGUGUGUGAGACUGGCUUCCAGCCCUCCCCAGAGAACGGGGAGUGUGUGGAUAUUGACGAGUGUGAGGACUACGGAAACCCCGUGUGUGGGGCCUGGAGGUGUGAGAAUAGCCCUGGCUCCUACCGCUGUGUCCUGGGCUGCCAGCCUGGCUUCCACAUGGCCCCGAAUGGAGACUGCAUUGACAUAGACGAGUGCGCCAACGACACCAUGUGUGGGAGCCACGGCUUCUGUGAAAACACCGAUGGUUCCUUCCGCUGCCUCUGUGACCAGGGCUUCGAGAUCUCGCCCUCGGGCUGGGACUGUGUGGAUGUGAACGAGUGUGAGCUCAUGCUGGCAGUGUGCGGGGCUGCGCUCUGUGAGAAUGUGGAGGGCUCCUUCCUGUGCCUUUGCGCCAGCGACCUUGAAGAAUAUGACACACAGGAGGGGCGCUGCCGCCCACGGGGGGCUGGAGGUCGGAGUAUCCCUGAGGCCCCGACAGGGGACCACCCCCCAGAGCCCCUCCGCAUGGAAUGCUACUCCAGGCAGAACGGCCACCCACCCUGCUCCAGCGUCCUGGGCCGGAACACCACGCAGGCCGAGUGCUGCUGCACCCAGGGCGCCAGCUGGGGAGAUGCCUGUGACCUCUGCCCAUUGGAGGACUCAGUUGAAUUCAGUGAGAUCUGCCCUAGUGGUAAAGGCUACAUCCCUGUGGAAGGAGCCUGGACGUUUGGACAGACCAUGUACACAGAUGCUGACGAGUGUGUCAUGUUCGGGCCUGGUCUCUGCCCCAACGGCCAGUGCCUCAACACGGUGCCCGGCUAUGUCUGCCUGUGCAAUCCUGGCUACCACUACAAUGCCUCCCGCAGGAAGUGUGAGGAUCACAACGAGUGCCAGGACAUGGUCUGUGAGAACGGCGAGUGUGUGAACACGGAGGGCUCCUUCCACUGCUUCUGCAGCCCCCCGCUCACCCUGGACCUCAGCCAGCAGCGCUGCGUGAACGGCACUGGCAGCACGGAGGACCUCCCUGAUCACGACAUCCACAUGGACGUCUGCUGGAAAAAAGUCACCAGUGACGUGUGCAGCCACCCCCUGCACGGCCACCGCACCACCUACACGGAAUGCUGCUGCCAAGACGGGGAGGCCUGGAGCCAGCAGUGUGCUCUGUGCCCCCCCAGGAGCUCUGAGGUCUAUGCUCAGCUGUGCAACGUGGCCCGGAUUGAGGCAGAGCGGGAGGCCGGGGUCCACUUCCGGCCAGGUUAUGAGUAUGGCCCCGGGCCUGAUGACCUGCACUACAGCCUCUAUGGCCCAGAUGGGGCCCCCUUCUACAACUACCUGGGCCCUGAGGAUGCCAUCCCCGAGUCCCCCUUCCCCAACACGGCCAGCUACCCGGGGGACCACACACCGGUCCUUGAGUCUCCCUUGCAGCCCUCAGAACUCCAGCCUCACUACGUGGCCAGCCAUCCAGAGCCCCCCGCGGCCUUCGAAGGGCUGCAGGCAGAGGAGUGCGGCGUCCUGAACGGCUGUGAGAACGGCCGCUGUGUGCGCGUGCGGGAGGGCUACACCUGCGACUGCUUUGAGGGCUUCCAGCUGGAUGCGGCCCACAUGGCCUGCGUGGAUGUGAAUGAGUGUGAGGACCUGAAUGGGCCUGCUGUGCUCUGUGCCCACGGUUACUGCGAGAACACAGAGGGCUCCUACCGCUGCCACUGCUCCCCAGGUUACGUGGCUGAGGCAGGCCCCCCACACUGCACUGCCAAGAAGUAG